GAGCCGCCGAACCCACCCCAGGCCCAUCCGAUGGCGGAAAAAAUGGCCCCAGAACUCCCGGCGGGGAGCGGCGCGGACCAGGGGAAGGGAGGAGAGGAAGCUGGAGGGAGAGGCGCUCCAAACAUCCCGGCGCAGAACGCAGCCCGCAACGCCGUCGAGGCUCCUGGGCCCGCGCCACCGAGGAAGCGCCGCUACCGGACAACCUUCAGCGACUCCCAGCUGGAUGAACUGGAGCGCUCCUUCCGCACGUCCCACUACCCCGACGUGGGCACCAGGGAGGCACUUGCAAAGAGUCUGGACCUUAAGGAAUCCAGAGUUCAGGUUUGGUUUCAGAAUCGACGGGCAAAGUGGAGGAAACGAGAGAAAUCUCAAAUUUUAAGGAGAAAUCCAAACCUGGCCAGGACACAUCCCUUGGGUGUGUACUUGGAUAUGCCAUUCGGUGAAACACCUAUCCUCGACUCCAUAUGGAGGAGACCAGUGCCAUUCCCACCCAUGGUUAUGCCAGCUUUGGCCCCACCUUUCUGCCCACCAGGCUUCACUCCCUUUGGCCUCACCUGGGCAUCCGUAUUCCAGAAUCCAGUCAUGAGCCCCCAGUUUGGAAGCUAUUUUGGUGGGUUUGGUGGGUUAACCCCCUUUCGGACAACUGCUUUGGCUUCAAUGAACGCACCUGAACCCCCAGCGGAGUCCGUUGCAACGGCCGUUGCAGAGCCCACCCGAGCUGAAAGGAGAGAUUCAAGCAUUGCAGAUCUGAGACUUAAAGCAGAAGAACACGCCCAAAAAAUCCCUGGGCCCACUUUUGCUAGUGCCAAUGAGGAUCUUCGUUAAGUACUUAGUUCAUUUCCGGUUAAGUACUUAAUUCAUUCCGGAGAUUGCCUUCAUUUGGCGGACUUGCACUCUGUUCUGAGCCUAAAGGGAUCCAGCUGCAGGGCACACCUCAUGAUAGAUGAUAUUUGCUGUCAAAAUGCAUUUUCCUGCUUGUAGCAAAUCAGAAUGCUGAUAUGUUAUGAUAACUUAAUACGUUGCAUCUAUUGUCGCAGCUGCGGCAUUAAAAAUAAAUAAAUCCUUAGGUAUAACAUUGACUUGUUA